ACUUUAAGAAAGUUCAAAGUUCACAUACAACGCCACGUGGUUGCAUCAAUAUGGCAGCUUCCUGAACCGUCAGUGUGUGUUUCAAAGUAGCACAAGAAGUGUCAUGGAAGACUUUAGUAGCAGCCCUGUGAGUGAAGCAGGUGCCCCGGAAACAGGGGACGCUGCUGACCUCCCCGCUGACUCCACAGAUCAUGUCAGUCCUGCAGAGGAAGGUGAGGUGUCAUCGGACCCCGGCCUUUAUGGCUACAUCAAGCAAGACCUUUUUACGUCUGAGAUCUUCAAAGUGGAGAUCCGGAAUCUUCCCAAGUUCAUCGGCUUCAAUGACUUGAAGAAAUUCCUGGCCAAGCACGGCCUCAACCCACACAAGAUCAAGCUGUUUGGCAAGCAGACGUUUGCUUUUGUCACUUUUAAGAACGAGGCGGAUCGCGACAAGGCCAUGAAGAUGAUGCACGGCAUGCAGUGGAAGGGCCAGGUGUUGAGCGUCAGACUGGCCAAGCCUAAAGCCGAUCCAAUUCAAAGGAAGAGGAAACAGGAGGAAGGCGAAGGUCAGGGAGGGCAGCCUCCUUCCAAACGAGCAGAAGGUGACGAAAAGGAGCAGCCGCCGAGUGUUCAGAUUGCCAACGUGGUGACUCCCCUGUGGAACGUUCCCUAUGAGGAGCAGCUGAGGAGGAAGGAGCAAGAUGUGGUCGCGGUUCUGCAGAGGCUGGCCAAAGAGAUUGCAAGCACCAACAAAGCCAUGCUGCCAUUGCUCUUUGAUGUGAAAGGGAAACACAACAAAAUGUGCUGUCCCCUAGAAGCAAUUCGUCCAUCCCCGACACAGACGGAGUACAGAAACAAGUGCGAAUUCCUCAUCUCUGUGGGUGCGGACGGGGAAGAUAAGACUGUCGGCUUCCGCCUGGGGAAAUAUAAAGGAGGCUCCUGUGCUGUGGUGGGGCCAGAGGAGGCGUGCCAUGUCUCAGCCGAGGCCAAGAAAAUUGUCCAUGAUUUUCAAAAAUUCAUCAGGUUAACACCUUACACCGUGUACAGUCCUGAAACUUACGAAGGACACUGGAAGCAGCUGACUGUUCGGACCACCAGGACCAAGCAAGCCAUGGCGAUAGUCUUCUUCAACCCGCAGAAACUUGAAGAAACAGAACUUGAUGCAUUAAAGAGCUCCAUGAAGAAAUACUUUUCAGAGGAAGAGGGCAAAGACAGCGGCAUCACCUCUCUUUACUUUGUCAGAGAGGGCCAAAGGAAAUCUCCGAACAUUGAAGAUUUGCCCUGUGAGCUGGUUGCAGGAGAUGGCUGCAUCCACGAGGAACUUCUUGGUUUAAAAUUCAGAAUAUCUCCUCAUUCCUUCUUCCAGGUAAAUACAGCAGGAGCAGAAGUUCUGUAUUCUGCAGUUGGGGAGUGGGCGCAACUGGAUCAGGAAAGCACAGUUCUGGAUGUGUGCUGUGGGACAGGAACUAUUGGCAUUUCUCUGGCUAAGAGGGUCAAGAAAGUAAUUGGAAUCGAACUUUGCCAGGAGGCAGUGGAGGAUGCCGAAGUUAAUGCAAAACUUAACGGGCUCAGCAAUGUCGAGUUUCACUGCGGGAAAGCUGAAGAUUUGUUCCCCAAUAUUCUCAAUGCUCUUGUGUCACCCAACGUGACAGCCAUCGUAGAUCCACCAAGGGCAGGCUUACAUUCCAAGGUGAUACUCGCCAUUAGGAGAGCAGAGCAUCUCAAGAGGCUGAUUUAUGUGGCGUGCAAUGCCAAAGCGGCCAUGAAUAACUUCAUUGACCUGUGCAGGGCACCCUCCAACAGAGUUCACGGAGCGCCAUUCCAGCCUGUGCGAGCCAUGGCCGUGGAUUUGUUUCCUCAGACAGCACAUUUUGAAACGGUUCUCCUCUUUGAGAGAGUGGACUACAACUCCCAGCGACAGACCAACGAUCAGAAAGAAACUUUAUGUUCAUCUUAAGUUUGUUUGCAAAUUUUAAACGAUUGCAAUUCAUUCUGUUCAGUAGAUGUACGCCUUUUACGCUCCCUCUCAUCCGAAAUGUAGCUUCC